AUGAUUGUCGUUAUUUGGAUCUCGGCAUUGGCCAUCUCCCUGCCGACACGAUUUCACACCUCACGUGAACAGAAGACCAUUCAAGAGGUACUUCUUGAAGGUGCAUGCAAUAUUAACGACGAUUAUGGCUUUACAAUCUUCUCCACUGUUGGUGCCUUCUACUUACCGAUGGGAUUCAUAAUAGCGGUCUAUCUCAAGAUUUAUCACACAGCGCGCUCACGCAUCAGGAAACGAAAUUUUCGAACCACCAAACAGAUGGAUUCACAUCAGAAACAUGUAUCUUCCAGUUCGUGGCGAGUUCAACUAGUAGGUGUUUGGCGAAAAACCCUUCUUUUUAGGCAAACCGAGAGUGAAUUGCGCUCGAUGUCAUGUAACAGUCAGACACGUCAGACCUCUCCACAAAGCACGGAGCAAGCAGAUCCAAGUUGCAUCUUUUCUGACCGGACGACCUCAUUCUUUGAAACCGAGGAUGGCAUAGAUAAGAGUUCCAAUCAAAGUACUUCAUAUGCUCUGAGCCCCGUUCACUUCUCCACCAGUUCGUGUUGCAAUCAUGCUAUGCGUUACCCCACCAUCACAAACCGACACACAUUAGUCAACUCUGACUUGUGCAAAUGUGCUCUUGAUGUACGGUUCGAGGAUCUAGAAUUACCUGGCAAGAUUUUGCCUCAUCUUACUGGUAAAACAUUGCAUUCGUCAGAGAAAAAUUCAGCAAACUGCUUUACUUCCAACUCUCACUCAACUUCUAAUUCAUCCAUGUAUCAACUGGAUAGUGUAACUCUUCAAAACGGUGAUGAACUGACCGUAAUACCAAGCUCAUUUACACUCGAAGAUCCGUCUUCAAGCUGCUCAGAUGUUAGCGGACUAGACUCGGUUCCCUCUCGCGUAUCACAAGUGGACUACUUUCUGUGGCAAAGGAACGGUUGCCUUAUAGCUCAGGGAGAAUGUGAAAUGUCGGUUGUUUGGGAUGACGCAUGUCAAAAUAUCGCACGUACUAAGAGUACAUUUUCAACGACUGCUCCCCAUAGUCCAUAUGUCAUGGAUGGCAGUGAGAGUGAUAGCUGUUGUUCCAGUCCGGAUGUGUCAAAAUUGCAACAUCAAAAACAACGAACAACCUAUGCAAACUUUCUUUUUCAAAACACUGCACAUACGACCACUAUUUUUCCAUGUUCACCCUAUUUGGGAUCUAGUCAGAGCACACUGGAACCUGAUUCGGACCCGAAAACUCCGCUUGGCAGCGACCACCUGCCUACGAAUAUUGCGGGAACUCUGUCAGACUUAUCUUCCGUUGAUUCCUACACAGUUCCAUUCAAUCACGUUUUGAUUGGUGACACAGUUGUAAGCAGACAACAUGACAGUAAUCAUACAGUGGAUAAUCCCAGUCCAUCCAUACCACUCUCGAUAUGGGAAUCUCGCACACAUUCCACUUUGCCCAGUGGGAAAACUAACAGCGUAAGGAAAAAUUUCCCGAUAGUGCCAAACAAGGUGAGUGAUCAAAUUGGAAACCAUGUAUCAACCGUUCCGGUCCCAUUGACUAAUGGAAAUGGGACGUUGCCACUGGGAAUGGACCAAAUGGAUGCCAAAAAACCUCCGCUUAAUGCUCGGUCCUUCGUCAACAAACAACGGGUGGGAGCAAAUAUGGCAAAUUCCAACAUGCAUUUAUUGCAUCUCCCCAGGGAACAUAACAGCGCUGAUAUUGGCAACGAUAAAAACAACCGCAUAAGCGAGCUGCCAUUAGACAGAAAACUGUUACAGGCGGAACAGAACCGAGAGCGUUUGGAACAUACUCGCGAGCGAAAAGCCGCCAUCACUGUGGCGAUCAUAACCGGUUGCUUCAUCCUAUGUUGGCUACCUUUUUUCGUUCGUGCUCUUGUAACUCCGUUUUGCAAACCCGGAUGUCUUAUGCCGCGCUGGGCGGACAGUUUUUUUCUAUGGCUUGGCUAUUUGAAUUCAUCCUUGAAUCCUGUACUGUACACUGUGUUUUCGCCGGAAUUCCGCGCUGCGUUCAAGAAGAUUGUCUGUGGAAGGUUGAACCUGAGAUCGUUUGGUUGA